GGGCCGGGGCCGGGGGCCGGGCUCCGGCUUCCCCCGGCGGGGACGGGGCGGCCGCUUCCGCUGCCUGAGCCCGUGCAGCGCCGCGGCGGCGAGGAGCAGCCAGCGAGCCCGGCUCGGCCCGGAGCGUGCGGACCAGGUGUGGGAGGCUCUCGAGUUGGCACCAUGACGGAAGGUUUCGACUGCGAUAACUGCAAGGAGUCCCUGUAUGGACGGAAGUACAUCCAGAUGGACAUGGGUCCCUACUGCAUCCCCUGCUACGAUGCCCAUUUCGCUAACACCUGCGAGGAGUGCAAGGAGCUGAUUGGCCACGACUGCAGGGAGCUGUACUACGAGGAUCGCCAUUACCACGAGCACUGUUUCCGGUGCUUCCGCUGCGACCGCUCUCUGGCCGACGAACCUUUCACCUGCCAGGAUGAGGAGCUGCUGUGCAACGACUGCUACUGCAGCGAGUUCUCCUCCAAGUGUGUCGCAUGUGAGAAGACCGUCAUGCCAGGGUCCCGGAAACUGGAAUACAGCGGACAAACCUGGCAUGAGCAUUGCUUCAUCUGCAGCAGCUGCCAGCAGCCCAUUGGGUCGCGGUCCUUUAUCCCGGACAAGAAGGAUUAUUAUUGCGUCCCCUGUUAUGAGAGCAAGUUUGCCCCCCGCUGCACUCGUUGCAAAAAGUCGCUGACCAAGGGAGGAGUGACUUACCGUGACGAGCCCUGGCACAAGGAGUGCUUUGUCUGCACUGGCUGCAAGGUUCCUCUGGCAGGCCAGCAGUUCACCUCCCAGGAGGACAACCCCUACUGUGUCAAGUGCUUUGGGAACCUCUAUGCCAAGAAGUGCAGCGCCUGUGCAAAGCCCAUCACAGGCUUCGGAGGGGGUAAAUAUAUCUCCUUUGAGGAUCGUCACUGGCACCAUAACUGCUUCAACUGCGCCCGCUGCGCCAGCUCGCUGGUGGGGAAAGGCUUCAUCCCGCACCACGACGAGAUCCUCUGCCGCGAAUGCAGCAGCGACCUAUAAGCCUGGCAAGAGGACGUGGAUCAGGGGCUUUAUCUGCUCUUCAGGGGCUUCGUACGAGACACCCUGGCAGCUGUCGGUGCUGGGCAGGUGGGAGAUGUGCCUUUUGUUGCCCUGGAGAGGGCUGAUCCCCUCACCACAGCGUAUGCUUGGGGUGCCUGUGCCCUUCCCCUGAAGGCUAGAAUAAGCCACCCUAGGCUUUCUGCAGAGUGAAGCUAAAUAAAAGCCGAACAAAAGGAGCUUCUAAGUCCCUCAUUAUUUGCUCUUUCCUUUGCUUCCUAUGCGCUUGGGCGCUGGCUGAGCCGGGAGCCCCUGUCUGAGCAAAGGGGCUGGGCAGUGGGUCUUCGGCUCCAUGUGCUGACCGCACAGCUUUGUCCUUCCUACUUGUUACUGGUUUUCUUCCCUUCCCCCAUGUGCUCCCUCUGCUCUGAGUGAUGGGCAGCAGCUCCUGUCCUGUGAGCCAGGCUUUCCUGAGGCUCCUGCCUCCCCAGCAUGGGUUUGCAGCACCGCCUGCUCCCCUAGCGUGAGGGUAGCAUGGCGUCUCACUGAGCGAGUCUGCAACGCUCUCUGUGCUGCUCGUGGCAGCCUGGGGUGUUUCUGGGUGGCCAGGGACCUGGCUGGCUGUGAGCAGAGCGUGCUGGAGUGAGCACACGGCCCACUUCGGGGAAUGGCUUUUCCUGACGUCUCUCUCCCCCCUUGCUCCUCACUCUUCAGGGAGAUGUCACAAAUAUGGCAGAGGAACCUGAAUCACCAGGAGGUGCUGAGGGUUCUGGCUCCUUCACCUCCCUGCAGCAUCUCCCCUCUCCCUGCUCUGCCCCCUAGCAGAAGGGUCCCCAUCAGCUUCCAAGAGCGGCACGAAUUAGUUUAUUUAACACCGACUCCAAGAGUGCUGUGAAGCGGCUCAGGUGCUUUCGGAGCUAGUUUUGUGCUCUGUGCGCAAGUGCUGCCCGGCUGGUAGCCAAACGCUCUUCCUUCUGCCUGAGAGCCGCUUAGCAGAGCAGUUGAAAAGGGCAUUUCAGAGGCAGCGGGAGCUAUUAGAGCUGAUGGUGUUGUCUGCACUUUCCCCCUUACUGGCUGCUGCAGAACCAGGGCCGCUUGUUGGCUCUUACUGAGCGCGGCCGCACGCUAUAUAUAUUGACCCCAAAUAUGGUUGUUCAUCCUCUGGAAGUUUGUGCACAGUUGUCUCGGCUGCAGGCUGUGCUCCGAAUUCAGCCCUGGGUGCUGCAGGGGGAGAUGGAUGGGAGUGGGGGACGAAUGGGGGCUGUGUUUGUAUUAACAACAGGCAAGGCUGCAGAUAAAUUGAAUCAGCCCCCCAGACAGCAGCCAAAGGCUCUGCCCCUCCUUUGCCCCCCUCCCGCCAGGUGCUGAGCUCUCGUCAUGCUUAUUGGCUGCAGGGGGAGCCGUGGUUGCUCAGCACCUUGCAGGUCAGGUGCUGGUUGGGCCCUGGCUCAGCCUGCUGACCCUCACCCCCAGUCUGGGCUUCUCAUGCCCAGAGAGGUAGGGCCCUACCAAAGUCACAGUCCAUUUUUGUCAAUUUCAUGGUCAUAGGAUUUUAAAAAUCGUAAAUUUCAUGUUUCAGCCAUUUAAAUCUGAAAUUUCCGGGUGCUGUAAUUGUAGGGGUCUUGAUCCGAAAAGAAGUCGUGGGGGGUGGUCUCAAGGUUACAGUAGUGGGGUUUGCAGUAUUGCCACCCCUACUUCCAUGCUGCUGCAGGAGGGGGCUCUGCCUUCGGAGCUGGGCUCCCGGCCAACAGCCACCGCUCUCCCGCUGCCCAGCUCCGAAGGCAGCAGCGCAGACAUAAGGGUGGCAAUACCGCGACCCCCAUAAAAUAACCUUGCGACCGCCCUGCAGCUCCCUUUCGGGCCAGGACCCCCCACUUGAGAAACCCUGGUCUCCCCUGUGAAAGCUGUAUAGUACCGGGUAAAAGCGCACACGCAAGAGACCACAUCUCAUGGUCUAUGACACGUUUUUCACGGCCACUAAUCUGGUAAGGCUCUACAGAGAGGAACUGAAAAGGGGUGUGACAUUGGCUCCCCGGAGGGAGGCUGGUGUCCCAGUUGGAAGAGCUUUGCUUCUCUGAAGAUCUGGCUAUGCAAAACUGCGGAGCUGCCUCGAGUUCCCCUGGAGCCCUGUCUCACUUGGGGUGCUCACGCCCUGCCCCCCUCCGCCCAGGUAAUGGGAUGCUUUUCUGAAUAUGACUUCCUUGUGUUUUCCUUUUUGUACUUUAUCUGUCACUCAGUAACCAAACCCGCUAGAGGAACGGGCUAGCCCCGUCCCCAAGCAGGGUUCAUUUACCAAGAGAAUGUUAUGCAUGUUGAAUCGUUAUUAGCUGUGUAUUCAAAUCUUUACUGAAACCCUCGUUUGAAAGCUUUGAUGCGGGUAAGUCAGAGUUUGGGUGUGUGCGCUUUUCUGAAGAGUUUGGAGCGGUUUUUAGAAAGGAAGCUUCCUAUGUAAGUGUCCUACCCUCCAGUCUCUUGUAUGUUUCUGUAAGGCUUUAUAUAAUAAACCAUUGUACUGACA